AUGUUUUCCAGGCUGUUUAGGCUAUUUCGGAAAGAGAAUGGUGAUCAAGGAGAGACCACUCCCAGUAAGAAGGAAGCUGGCCUCCUGUCUUGUAAAAAAGGAAGACUGAAAUCAUUCUGGGGAAGGCACAACUCUGCUAGGCAAACAUCAUCCCAGAAUUCCACCAUCAAUAACCAGAAGCAGAUGACAAAAUUGGAAGAACUGAAAUUGAAGAUCAAGAAGAUGAGCUUUGAGGAGGAAGAAAUUAGUGAAAUGCUGAACCUGUACAAUUAUGAUGAUUUGAACUACAGGAUGAACAUCGAAUUCAAUAUCAUGAAAAGAAACCAUGAAAAGACCAUUAUGAAUAUCCAGAAAAUUACUGAGUCAAUAACUGAUGCCAUGGAGAGAUACAAGGAGGUCAUAGAAGAAAACUAUGCCUACAGCACCAGGCACUGCCAACUCCUUAGAGAAUGUUCUCAACUGAAAUACAAUAUCAGGGUAUUGCUGCAGAAUGCGAACAGGAAUCUGCUGGUAGAGCAGAGUGAACCACAAGUGUCCUAUGGAGAAGAUAAGAGCUUCUGUGAGGAGGCCAACAAGAACAUCUAUGUCCCAAGUGCCAAGCAUCAGCAGGACCAGGGCAGUGCCCAUGGAGUUCAUGUGAGAUGGUUUCUCUGGGUAUUUCCAGAUAAAGGGAUUGACAAGUGGAACCCAGUUCUGAAUGCUCCUGCAGAAACUCAUGGCACAGACCAGGACAAGAUCUUCCACCAAGAGAACUGCUGUGUGAGGUGCACUGAGUGUGUGCAGCCAAUGCACCACUAUGGCAUCUCAUCCCUAAUCACCAUGGCAAUAGAUGGCUGCAGUCUCUUCUUCAUCUUGCUUUCCUUGGUGUGA